GGCCAGAAGCCUGAGGGCGGGGCUCCAGCGGGAUCACGUGAGCCGGUCGUUCGGUGAGCGGAGGGGAGCCCGGCAAGAUGGCGAAAGUCUCGGAGAUGUACGACGUGACUUGGGAAGAGAUGCGAGAUAAAAUGAGGAAAUGGAGGGAAGAGAACUAUCGGAACAGUGAGCAAAUAGUAGAAGUUGGAGAAGAGUUAAUUAAUGAAUAUGCAGCUAAGCUUGGUGAUGACAUUUGGAUAAUAUAUGAGCAAGUGAUGAUUGCUGCGUUGGAUUGCAGCCGGGAUGACUUGGCAUCGUUUUGCCUUCAAGAACUAAGACGGCAAUUCCCUGGGAGCCAUAGAGUUAAACGGUUAACUGGUAUGAAAUUUGAAGCUAUGGAGAGCUAUGAUGAUGCAAUACAGUUAUAUGACAGGAUUUUACAAGAGGAUUCAACUAACACUGCAGCACGUAAACGUAAGAUUGCCAUUCGGAAAGCCCAGGGGAAAAAUGCUGAAGCCAUCCGAGAGCUGAAUGAGUAUUUGGAACAGUUUGUUGGUGACCAGGAAGCCUGGCAUGAACUUGCAGAGCUUUACAUCAAUGAACACGACUAUGCAAAGGCUGCCUUUUGCUUGGAGGAACUCAUGAUGACUAAUCCUCACAACCACUUGUACUGCCAGCAGUUUGCAGAGGUUAAAUAUACUCAAGGAGGGCUUGAAAACCUUGAGCUCUCACGAAAAUAUUUUGCUCAGGCAUUGAAACUGAACAACCGAAACAUGAGAGCAUUGUUUGGACUUUACAUGUCUGCCAGCCAUAUUGCGUCCAAUUCCAAGGCUAGUGCAAAAGUGAAAAAGGAUAAUAUGAAGUAUGCUAGUUGGGCUGCAAAUCAGAUCAAUAGAGCUUACCAGUAUGCUGGCCGUAGUAAGAAAGAGACCAAGUAUUCGCUGAAAGCUGUAGAAGACAUGUUGGAGGCCCUGCAAAUCACUCAGUCAUAAACUAUAGGAAAGAUGACCGGUGAUAGAUCCUUUUCUCCAGCUCCAUGGCUCAACUUCUCUCCUCACAGACUUAAUGUUAAUUUUAAAUGCCUCAUUAUGUUAACAGUGGUUCAUGUUAGUAAAAGUUGCUAUCUUGAAUAAUGUGUUUUAUAAAAAUGUAAGAUUUCUAUUUAUUGCUUCUAUGAUGAAAAGCCACAGCGGUUAAUAAAAAGAGUAAAUUUUAUUGAA